AUGUCUUCCGCCAACAUCAAACAAAAUAUCGAGGCCACGACCAAAGGCUAUGUCUCGUCUUUUGCCGACGCAAAGGCUGAGAAUAAUCCCCAGCUUGUAAACCGCAACACAUCAUCAGAAUGUCUCCGAAGCAUGCUCCCUUCCAUCCUGGGUGGUGGAGGCACGAUGAACAACGAAGCGUACGAGGUUAUCUUCACCAAGGGCCUCCAAGCUGGUGGGAUGGAGUCAGCCAACAUAACUGACUUGGUCAUCGACGUCGACGCCCGCAAGGCUGCUGUUACUGCUGUUGCCGACAUGGUCUUCCUUGGAGAGAAGAGUAGCAUGGAUUUCUCGUGGUUUUUGCAGUUCAACGAGGAUGGGACCAAAAUUGUGAAGAUUGUGGAGUUUGUGGACUCUUUGACAUUUGCUGAACUUCAACAGAAGAUGGCUGGAGCGGCGAAGCAGGGGGAAUGA